AUGUCUUCUCCGCAGAAGGUGUACCUUCUUCCCUUGAAAGAUGACGGUUCUCCGGAUGUACCUGGUGGAUAUAUAUAUCUACCACCUCCUACCAACUCUCCUUACCAUGUUCGUUUCGUUAUCGAAGGCAGCAGCUCUAUCUGCAGAGGCGGGUCAUUGUGGGUAAACGCUCCACAAGAUGGGAAACCCUUUGACAGAUCGGUAUUUCGAAGCUUCAGACUUCAACCGAAUUUCAACAAGAACAUCCAGAUCGAUAUUCCCAUCACCAAACCUGGUUCUUUCGCAUUCUACAUCACUUAUUCUCCACUUCCUGAAUUUUCGGUCUCUCCGGUCGCAGUGUCCAAGACUGCGAGAACUCCGACCCAUUACAUUGAUGUUGCCCCUCGACUGACCCUCAAUGGUCGCGACUUGCCUCUCAAUGCGCUCUCCAUAUUUUCCAUCCUCUCCAAAUUCAUGGGCAGCUAUCCUGGGGAUUGGGAUAAGCACCUCAAUGGCAUCGGUCAACGCAACUACAACAUGGUGCAUUUCACGCCUUUGAUGAAACGCGGUGCCUCGAAUUCUCCCUAUAGUAUCUUUGAUCAGCUCACCUUCGACGAAGCUUGUUUUCCCAAUGGAGAAGACGACGUUGCCCAAUUGGUCUCGAGAAUGGAGAAAGAGUAUGGCUUAUUGUCCUUGACCGACGUGGUCUGGAACCAUACCGCCCACAACAGCCAAUGGCUGGAGGAGCAUCCGGAGGCCGGCUAUAGUGUUGAGACGGCUCCAUGGCUAGAGGCGGCUUUGGAGUUGGAUACAGCAUUGUUGAAAUUUGGGCAGGACCUUGAAUCAUUGGGCCUUCCGACUGAGUUCAAGACGGUUGACGACUUGCUUCUGGUCAUGAAUGCUCUUCGGGAACACGUCAUCAAGCAAAUAAAACUUUGGGAAUUUUACGUCGUUGAUGUGAAGGACAACGCUGCGAGAAUUGUGGAUAAGUGGCGAUCGUCUAAAGACGUUGAUUUGCAAGACGGCAAAUGGUCACGUCUAGAUCUCAAUGACUACAAGAACUUGACACUGAAACAACAGGCGGGUCUGAUCCGUGACCACGGAGUCCCAACAUCCAAGCAGGUGCUUGGCAGAUUCAGUCGGAGAGUUGAUGAUGAGUUUGGCGUGGUCGUAACGACUGCGCUCUUCGGGAAAUUUGGUCCAGAUUCUGAUACUGAGGCGAUUCACGAGGCGAUAUCGAAAGUCCUCGAUGAAGUGAACUUGCCGUUCUACGGAGAGUAUGACUCUGAUGUCUCUGAAAUCAUGAAUCAACUCUACAAUCGCAUCAAGUACCUGCGAAUUGACGACCAUGGACCGAAACUUGGAGCGAUUACUGCGAAAAGUCCGUUGAUUGAGACAUAUUUCACAAGGCUGCCACACAACGACGUUACCAAAAAGCACAACCCGAAAGCAUUGGCACUUGUUAACAAUGGAUGGAUUUGGAAUGCCGAUGCAAUGCGAGAUAACGCUGGGCCAGAGUCCAGGGCCUAUCUACGCCGCGAAGUGAUUGUUUGGGGAGACUGCGUGAAGUUGAGAUACGGAAACGGACCUGAGGACAAUCCAUUCCUCUGGGAUUUCAUGACCAAAUAUACCCGACUGAUGGCGAAAUACUUCACCGGAUUCCGCAUUGAUAAUUGCCAUUCUACGCCCUUGGUGGUUGCGGAGUAUCUCCUGGACGAAGCGCGGAAAGUGAGACCGAAUCUUACUGUGUUCGCUGAGCUUUUCACUGGCUCCGAGGAUGCCGAUUAUGUUUUCGUCAAACGGCUUGGAAUCAACGCUCUUAUUCGCGAGGCUAUGCAAGCUUGGGGCACCGGAGAACUGAGCCGUCUCGUCCAUCGCCACGGAGGCCGCCCUAUCGGAAGCUUCGAUGUUGACCUGCCCUCAGCUGGUAGUAGCCACGCGAUAGCAUCAGCUGGAACCGACAAUGUCAAUGAAAGCAUUUCUCAUAUAAGACCCUGUCCAGUCCAGGCGCUCUUCAUGGAUUGUACUCAUGACAAUGAGAUGCCAGCGCAGAAAAGAACUGCCAUUGAUACCUUACCAAACGCUGCAUUAGUAGCAAUGUGCGCUUCAGCCAUUGGAAGUGUCAUGGGAUAUGAUGAGAUAUACCCCAAGAUAGUAGACCUUGUUCAUGAAACUCGCAUGUACCACUCAGAGUUUUCUGAGUCCUCGAAGGUCACUGUCCACGACCUUGAAGGCGGAAUCGGGGGUGUCAAGAAACUUCUGAACGAGCUGCAUACCACUAUGGGUGUCGAGGGAUACGAUGAGACACACAUUCAUCAUGACGGUGAAUAUAUCACAGUUCAUAGAGUGCACCCGAAAACUCGAAAGGGUAUCUUCUUGAUCGCACAUACGGCGUUUCCACCGUACAACAACAAUGUUGUGCUCCCGCCCACGCAUCUCACUGGUACGCGCGCUACACAUAUUGGCACUUGGAAAUUGGUGGUGGAUGCAAGUGACAGCGUGAAACAAGAAAUUCUGUCAGACAAAACCUACUUGCGCGGGUUACCCAGUAAGGUUCACAAAUUCGAGGGUACAAAGCUCGAAUCGAAGGGAGAUGAUACCACGAUUUCAGUUCUGGACACGUUUUCUGCCGGCUCCAUAGCACUCUUCGAAACUUCAAUACCGCUAGCUGAGCACGCAUCAGGAUUGGACUAUUUCAUCACAGAGGGCGCAGGCGAAGCGUUUUCGAAGCUCAGCUUAGUUGACCUCAAUUUCGCACUCUACCGUUGCGAGGCGGAGGAAAGGGACUCCAGUGAUGGCCAAGACGGGGUGUAUAACAUCCCUAACCAUGGACCUCUGGUGUACGCUGGACUCCAGGGCUGGUGGAGCGUUCUUGAGAACAUCAUCAGAAACAAUGAGCUUGGGCAUCCACUUUGUGACCAUCUUCGCCAGGGUCAGUGGGCUUUAGAUUAUAUUGUUGGACGUCUCGAGAAAGUGGCACAGAAGGAAGGGUACGAUGCCCUGCGGGCCCCUGCUGUCUGGCUUCGAGAGAAGUUCCAAGCUGUCCGUGAAUUGCCCAGUUUCCUUCUCCCACGCUAUUUCGCAAUCAUUGUCCAAGUUGCAUACAACGCUGCAUGGACGAAAGGUAUUCAGCUACUGGGAGACAAUAUUCGGAAAGGACAGGAAUUCGUCCACCAGCUUGGUAUGGUCAGUGUACAGCAAACAGGAUACGUGAAUUCAGCGUCUCUCUGGCCUACAAAGAGAGUGCCUAGCCUUGCAGCCGGUUUGCCUCAUUUUGCUGUGGACUGGGCAAGGUGCUGGGGCAGAGACGUGUUCAUUUCUCUUCGCGGCUUGCUUCUUUGUACCGGUCGCUUUGACGACGCGAAGGAACACAUCCUUGCUUUUGCAAGCGUGCUCAAACAUGGCAUGAUCCCCAAUCUUUUAAGCAGCGGGAAGCUUCCACGUUACAACUCCCGGGACUCGGUCUGGUUUUUACUCCAGGCUAUACAGGACUACACUAAAAUGGCUCCAAAUGGCCGCCAGCUUCUUGAGGAGAAGGUCCCGCGAAGAUUCCUGCCAUACGAUGAUACCUGGUUUCCUUUCGAUGAUCCUCGAGCAUAUUCUCAGUCAACCACAAUCACCGAGAUUAUCCAGGAAGUGUUUCAACGGCAUGCUCAUGGCCUGUCGUUCCGCGAAUACAAUGCUGGUCCAGAUCUAGACAUGCAAAUGAAGCCAGAGGGCUUUCAGAUAGACAUUAAUGUGGACUGGAACACGGGAAUCAUAUUUGGUGGCAGUCAGUUCAAUUGUGGAACAUGGCAGGACAAGAUGGGUGAAAGUGAGAAAGCCGGGAACAAGGGAUUCCCUGGAACACCCCGAGACGGUGCAGCCAUCGAGAUCACUGGCCUUCUCUACAGCGCUUUGAAAUGGGUUGGUGACUUACAUGAGCGUGGAUUCUACCCUCACGCAGGUGUCGAGACUGCAGGAGGAAAGACAAUCACUUUCAAGAACUGGGCCACCAAAAUCAAAGAAAACUUUGAAUUCUGCUACUAUGUCCCAGCUGACUCCACGAACGACUGCAAUUACGAUGUCGAUGCCAAGCUCGUCAACCGCCGCGGAAUAUACAAGGAUUUAUACAAAUCUGGCAAGCCUUAUGAGGACUACCAACUGCGUUCGAAUUUCCCCAUUGCCAUGACCGUGGCACCUGAGCUCUUUGACCCUGAGAAGGCCCUCGCUGCCUUGGCGCUUGCAGAUUCGGUUCUAUGCGGCCCUGUGGGUAUGGCGACUCUCGACCCAUCCGAUCUCAAUUACCGGCCCAAUUACAACAACUCGGAGGAUUCCACGGACUUCGCGACUGCGAAAGGCAGGAACUAUCACCAGGGACCCGAAUGGGUGUGGCAGCGAGGCUAUUUCCUUCGUGCACUAUUGUAUUUCGACCUGGCUCGAAGAAAGACUCCAGAGGGCAGGACAGAGGCUUAUCAGCAAGUCACCAAGCGAAUGGAGGGGUGCAAGCGAGCCCUCAGGGAAAGCCCAUGGAAGGGCUUGACUGAACUCACAAAUAAGGACGGCGCUUACUGCCAUGAUUCGUCUCCAACGCAAGCUUGGUCUGCUGGCUGUUUGCUUGAUCUCUACUAUGACGGUUUGCAGCAUGCCUCCAAGUAUGCAAGAUUGCUUAGGUAG